AUGCACACUCGAGGCACAGCACCCUCGCCAUUCUGCAUACGAAGCCUACUAGUUAAUUUGAUCGUCAAGCUUAUUUUCGAAUGUCAAGAUUAUCUCAUCGUCGUAUUUCUGCUUCUUGUGUAUAAUUCCAUCGCCGAAUUUGCACCCAGUGCUGAGAAUCACAUUCGAGGCUUGAAGAAAGAUACUGGUUAUUUUGCCGAAUUUCUAGGAGAACGGAGCGAACAUAGGCCAGAGAAAUUGCUGGAUGUGCUGGGGAAUCAGCAUUCGAGCCUUGAUAAAUCACUUUUCUGGGAACUCGUAAUUGAAAAUGUCGUUUCUGAUGCCCAUGGUGCUUUAACCUUAGACUCAUCUCGCAUAUCUAUCAUGAUCUGGAGAUAUGUUUUCCAUGGGCUUGUUUCUAUGGGUAUCAAGCCAACCUAUAUAAAGACCACCUUUCGAAACUUUCAACGACGGCAUGAGCUAUUUGACAGCAUACAUAUCAAUGUCAAAGGUAUUGGCUUAGCCGACUUUGGGUCUUCAGCCGAGGGCCGCUUUCACUAUCCGUCUGAAAAACGAAGAAACGAACAAAACAGGGAGAGCAAGAGGAAAGCUGAACAAAAUCUGGAUGGGUUUUGGCAGAAAACGGAUGAGGUGUACCAAAGAAACACUGGUCAAACUUUGAACCAGGCUGUAAAGCAUAUCUGUACCGUCGUGCCUUCGCUCGAGCGGAUACCCGAAUGGGUCGAGGCAAUAAAUGUACCAAAAACUAACCCCCAAGAAAGAACUGGUCGCGACGAAGCAUCUCCAAUACCACAAUUUGACUCCGAUGAUACUACCAAAUUCAUUGCUCCACAACCAAAGUCCAAGCCCAAAACUCGCGGUUCAGCGAUUACUACCAAAUCUCCAACCCCAUUAGCAGCAGCAGCUCCAGCGGCAACUCCAACUCCAACUCCGGAUUCUCAACCAACAUUCAAACCCAAAGCCCGAGCGAUCAAAGUCUUCAGAGUUCUCUUCCGUGAAAUUCCCUGGGCGAAUUUCCUCUACGCAAUGACGUCUACGAGCUUCGCGGCCGAAAAACAAUACGGUUCGGUGUGGCAAUUUACGCCGACGAAAUUGGAUAUCGAGUGGAGUAUUCAGUUUCAUGAACCGUAUCCUCCGGGGAAAAUUGCGUUUCGCACAGUGAGGAGGACGGGGAGACGUUUGGGUAGGUCGUAUGAUUGGGGGGGGGAUGCAUCUGAGGUGAAAUUUGGUGUCCAUUGA